GAAGUCUUUGUCUAUAUAAGUUCCAACUUUUCUCACAGUUGUGUCUUCUUUUCCUACCUCGCCGCUCUUCAACCAAAAUAAUCCCUAACUUUUGCUGGCACAACUUUUUCUUUCAAUGUCAGAAGAAUUUCAAGAAUCCGAGAUUACAUUUUCCGAUGAAUAUUUCAUGAGUAACAACGUCAAGAGUAGCAACAAAGAAAACACCAAAAGACAGCCGAUGGCCACGGAGAAGAAGUCAUCUCCGGUGAGAAUUCCGUCAAGAACUAUUUUACCGUGUACGGUUGAGGAGGAGGAUGAGGAGGGGAAGGAGAGUAUAACUCCUCCACAUGUCAUAAUCGGAAAACGAAGAACGGAAGCGCAAAUGGCGUUUUCCUUCUGUACCCUUAAAGGAAGAGACUUAAGUCGUCACCGGAACUCCGUUCUUAGGAUGACCGGUUUUUUGGAAGUUUAAUUGUUCCAAAAUAAAAUGAGAACCGAUCUGGUUUAGAUUGCUUUUGUUGUAUUUGUAUAAAACAGCUUUGAAGAUAACCGAAUGGAAUCACAUUUUUUUUUUAAAUAUGGUGAAAGAAAAGUUUAGUGUUGGGAAUAAUCUUCCAUUAUUUAAUAUUGUAAGAUGUUAACUUAAUAAUAACAAUUUCAUGUUAAAUUAUUGUUUGGUUUCUUGAGAAGAGGAAAACCAAUAAGAAUAAAAUCUUAGGUUAAGUCGAGUUAUGCUA